UCGGCCAAAAUCGCAUAGGCGGUUACAGCGCCAAAAAAGAAGAAGAAGAAGAUAAAUAAAGAAAAAAAUUACCAACUUCGGUAAAAGCCAAUGCGGCAGCACUGCAUGUGUUACAUAUGUACAUACAUACGUACGAGGACAAACAGCUGAUUCCGUACGGAAGGUGCGAUCAGUAUCGCUCUUUCCUUAAGCAAAUGACGUUUGGCGAAACUUGAUGUUAAGCAAAUUAUAGUUUCAGGAUAGGAUUUUGUGUAUUCGCACGUUUGCAUACGCUUGCUUAUUCAUAUCAUAGUUAGCCCUUUACGAUGAUGUAUUUAAACAGCUGAGCACAUUAGACUCCAAUAAAGGCUUACAAAGCAAAUAGCGAUGAUGAUAGCGCGUUGUCGCUUUAAACCGAAAUAAAAACGACAAGUUGGCAUCACCGUUGGCGUUAUCGAAGUUUAUCGGAAAAAUAUCGGUAUUCUCAAUUUUGAAACGAAAAUAGGAACGUCAUAGAAACAUUCGUCAACUGUCGUCCGCAUUUUUUAGAACGAAAGCGAAAGGAUUGCGAUUUUAAUAAAGUUAAAAUGAAAAUUACUACCGUGCAGCAAUUUGAGGUUUUAGUUUCCGAAAUGGAAAAGAAUCCCGCAUACGCCAAAGGUUUUAGGAAGGGCAUAAAUCCUCUAAACUUCGAUAGUUUUUGGAACGUGGUUGCGGAAAAAGUAAAUCCUUUUGGACCUCUAGUUCGUGAUGGAGACGGUUGGCACAAAGUAUGGAAGGACUUGAAAUUCAAGGUUAAGAAAAAACUGCUCAAAAACAAAACCGAAGCGAGAGCAACAGGAGGAGGAGCCAAUAGAAAAAUUCAACUGUCACCACUGGAAGAAGCGGUUGCAAAUUCGUUGCAGUUUGAGCAGCAAAUAAAUCCAAAAGGGAGUGAGUUGGGUUUGGUUGAAGAUACCGAAAUUGAUGCGUUGCUUAACCUUGAUGAAACGACUGCGAGUUCUCAAAUACAGGCAAGUAUAGAAAACGCUGAAGAAUAUGUGGUCGAAGACUAUGUGGAAGAUGAAACACCCACAGUUUCAACAAGAGUGCGAUCCUCAAGAAGCACAAAACCCUCAGAAAAAGAAAGAAUAGAGCUGUUGAGGAAGCAGACCGAAAUACAGGAAAAGCAGUGCGACCAUUUAUAGUCCAUUAAGUGAUACAUGAAAGAUGUUUCCAGAUACCAAAGAAAAAGGUAUGAGAUAGAAGAAGAACGCCUAAAAAUUUACAAAAGGAAGGCACGUAAAGAAGAGCUUUUGGAGCUGGAUGCUGCAGUAAAAAGAAAAAAGUUGCAGUUAUUAGAGAAACAAUUAAGUUCAAAUAUGUAAUUUAUUUCAUUUGAAAUUUUAUUUAUUUUUUAUUAAGUGUUUUUCUUUUUUUACUUUAAGUAUGUAUGUAUAUAGCAUGAAUUAAAAAUAAAACUUAUAAAGACAAAUUGCUUUUAAUCACAUCUCUUAAUCUGGGAGCCUCUAAGCUACCACCUGCCUCAUUUUCAUUAGUAAUGGCAGAAUUUUCUGCUUCUUCGAAAGGCGUUUGUAGAUCAUCUCCAGGAAAGUAUGUAUUGUAGUGAAGACAAAUAUUGUGAAGAGCAGCACAAGCGUUUACGAUUUUAGUAAUUUUUUGGGGAUCAUAGUGUAACUCACGCGCUCCAAGGAGGCAUCGAAAUCGCGAUUUGAGCACUCCAAUCACUCGCUCAACAAUAUUUCUUGCUUUGGAAUGAACGGAAUCGUAGCGGCUUUCCGCACUGUGUUCAGCCGCUGAUCUAUAAGGUGUCAUUAGAAAUGGUUCUAAUGGGUAACCCACAUCGCCUAAAAACUUGUAUGUAAAACUCAUUUCAAUAUUAUUUGUAAUUUCAUACCAAGAAUCCACGAAUUACGUUCACCAGCUUAAUAUUUUUCUUGUAAAAACCUUACUCGGCUGGUAUUGCAAAUUAAGGAAUCGUGUCCAGAGCCUGGAUGUCUGGCGUCUAC